AUGACAAAGUCGUCAACAGGCUUGACCCAUGGCGGAAAUUCCUUUGUCCCUAAGCCCCUUGGGGCUGCAACAAGCACAGCCACUUCUCAUGUACAAAGCAGGCUUGAGAUGCCUGAUUAUUGUUACAGGGUAACAACGAAUCGAGAGGACUCUAUCGAGUUCGACGGAUUAGGACAGAGGAAAGCGGGAGUUGGAGGCAGUGCUGCAAGGAGACACGAUCCAUUAGCACCAGAGCCCCUAGAUUUCCACGAGACCUCCAUCGAGUUCGACCCAACCUGCGACCUAGUCGUCGUGUUUCCAGUACCGUUACAAGUUGAAGAAUCAGCCUUACGCACCUUGGGUCGAAUCGGAGAGUACUGUAUGCUCACCAGAGGGAAAGCGCGGAAAAUGAUACCAGAAAAAGAGGAGUUGAAACAAGGGCUGGUCCCAGAGGAAGAAAUACCAACAAGUUCUUCGAGAAGUACCAUUUCACAUGAUCUCACGUCUACUACCACUACCCCAGAUCCGCUAAAUGAAUUAUCGCAGCAGUUGUCACAAUUGUUAGCCAUUAUGACGAUGCAACAAAAGGAACAAAAUGCAUUAAGGGAAGAACUGGCUACGAUGAAAGCUGACCGACAGAACCAACAGAUACUCACAUCGAAAGGGGCAAGUUUGAUCGAAGUCGAAGAAAACAAGCCGUGUUUGGAGCCAAAACUUACCAACAACGAACGAACAGGAAGAACCAGGUGUGCGGAUCCACCUACCUUCAGUGGAGAACGAGGAGAAUUGGACAACUUCCUUGCAGCAUGUCACAUGAACUUCGAAUUCAAAGGGGCAGAGUACGCCACCGAUCGCAGAAAGAUCCUGUUCAUGUACGGGUAUCUUCGAGGCACCCCUCAAAUGCUUAUAACCCCGGCCAUAACCAAUCCAAUGGUAGUGGUAAAUAACACCGAUCCUCGAACCAAAUCGGACUGGAUCUAUUUCAAACAACAUGUGAUAGGGACUGAGGAGAACCAACGGAUGGCUGAAACGAUGAUUGCGGCGAAUCGAUGGGCUGCUAGACGCAAAAAUGAGACGACCUGGCUUCCCCCUCGAUCGAAUUCGAUGCGAUUGGAUACUAGUCCGCCCAACCCGGUAGAACGCCACUCACAAUCGACUGGUAGAGGACCCUUGCCUGGUGGAAAACCAGGGAUGAUGAAUUAUGGUCUACCAAAUGACCCUCCGGUCACUUGGACAGAGGACGGAGGACGUCUCAGCGAGAACGAAAUGACUUGGAGGAGGGAGAACCGACGUUGUCUCAAAUGUAGAAGUCCAGAACAUUAUGCCAACAACUGUCCGAAUGGAGGAAACACGAGAAACAGUAUUAGGGGAUCCCCAAAUCCGCAUAACUCACCGAUUCCUAGUGGAUCGAACUCGAUCACAACUGGAUCCAAAGGGCCAUUAGUUCGAGGAAUGGCGGUGACCUUUGAAGAAGAGGGAAACGACUACCUGGCCUAA